GCUUGCGACGAGUGAAGGAGCCCCGUUCGCGUCCAGUGUCGUAACCCGGUGCGACUGUUGGCGACGUAGACCGAGUGCCUCCACGUGACGAAGAUAAUGAGUCGCCUGGAGCGGUACUUGACACUGUCCGCGCUGAUUCUAUUCAACGGUGCUGACCGCUGCUUUGCCGAGGAUGCCGCCGACAACCAGGACCUUUUCGUCGUGAACCCGGACCCGGCCCUAGGACAGUUCUCCGCCAGUGAGAAGGAGAACGCGGCUGCUGCGGGUGCCUACGCAGGCGGCGGUGGAGCAGCGCUCGCCGAAGACGACGACGAGCCGUCGUCGUACGACCGGCGGCUCCUCUUGCAGGAGUUGAUCGGCAAGCGGGGAUUCGGCGAGCGAAAGCGGCGCGGUUUCGGCGAGAAAAAGAAGCGCGGCUUCGGCGAAAAGAAACGAGGCUUCGGCGAGAAGCGGCGUCGCACGGCUGCGACCCAUCGCAGACUGCUGGCCGUGCCAUCAGCGAGGACACCGUCGGGGGCACGAGUCCUGCUCUUCGAGAACCCUUACGAAGGCUCCAUACCAUAACCGUGGACUGCAAC